AUGGACAACACCACGACAAACCGAACAAUUGCCGCGCAGCUCUGCUUGACGGCAGCGGUGGCGGCGGCGUCCCACGGGAUCGGGGUACUCUACAUCGACACCGCGAACGGCUGCAGCGUGCGACGGAUGCAGCAGAUCGCCCGUUCCCGCUACGCAGACGCCAACGGGGAAAUGGCGGCGCGACAAGUGGACGCUCUACUGGACCGGCUCCGAGUGGUCCGCGCCUUCGACGUCUCUCGAGUCAUGUCCGCGCUGGUGGCCUACAUCGACGGCGUCAUGGAAGGGGGCAGGAACGGGGUGUACAGCGACUGCCGAUUGAUCAUUCUAGACUCGGUAACGGCGGUUAUAUCGCCGCUUCUCGGUGGCUUCAAGAACCCUGCCGGGCACGGACUGAUGGCUUCAUUGGGACACUUACUGAACCGUGCGGCCUCGCAAUGCAGCGCGUGCGUCCUGGUGGGUUGUUUUUUUUUGUGUUCGUCCGAACCGCUGUAG